CCUCCCCCCCUCCCCUUCGCUUUCGUCCCAGAUUCAGGAUGAAAGUGCCCUACCUACUUGACCUAUACAUGUGCAACACGACACGGACCUUCCCAAGUUUCCAGCCUCAACUUACUCCGCGGCCUCCGCCGAAACUGGCGCCAGAGCCCUCUUCCGCCACGUCCGUUGUGCGAGUGACGCGUUCCGCCGCGCAGCCUCAAUGCAUUACCGCCUACGGCAUGAUCGGUCGGCCGUCACUCGCAGCUCGUUGCCCGCACCGCCGAUGCGGCCCUCUUUCUCUUCACGACCACGAGGACCAGUCUCGGCUCCAAGCUCAUCCUGGCCCGCUGUGCAACGAGACAGAAAGGCGCGGUGGCUUCGGUACUUGGCUAAACAAUCUAUCAACUCAUGCACCGCGGUUCCAGGUUCGGGGAGGGUGCCCGCCACAGUCAACUCCUGGCCCCAGGCUUGCUUUCGUGAGGCUCAGAGAGGGGGCACAACGGAGGCUAAACUUCCCCGUCGUGGGUCCCCCCCCUUCUCCGACCAGGGCGAUCACCGGGGUCCUCUCGGGUAAAAAUAGCAUCUUAUCUUGGCCCCCGACCUCAUCCGUCAUCCCUCCCCCGCGACUAGUUUCGCAGAUCUCGCGAAAAAGCUCCAGUCAUCAAAAAAAUUCCAAGGCCACAAAACUGUUGUACCGCGUAUGCAUGGCGUUGACUGGGCAGAGCCGUUCUCCGUCCCAGCCAUGAGAAAACUAAACCAAACAAGGCGUGUUUUCCAUGUAUCCAUGCGAGUUCUUGGAGCAGGAAGAGGGGCAUGCACUCGCUGAUCAGCAGAACAAAUCCAAGUUGAUGCAACGAGGAGGGGUUGAAACACUACCCCGAGAUAGGGUGAUAUAUCGACCAGCCCAGAGACCUGGAUCAUUCCCAAAAUAUCGGUAUGCCCAGAUUGUCGAAACGACGUUGGCGCUCUGAAUAGCUAUAUGGCGCCAAAUGGCUACCCGGCAUGGACAGCUACGUGGGC